AUUAUUUGGUGUAGGAGGAUCAUCUGAUCAAGUUUGCAGAAGAUAUGGAUGAAGAAUGCCAAAUAAGCAAAUCCAGCAGAUAUGUCAAUUGGAGAAACAAACCAGCUAUAGAAGGCCAGCAUGGUGGCAUACUUGCAGCAUUUUAUGUCUUAUUUGUGGAGGUAUUGGAGAAUCUAGCAUACCUGGCCAAUGCAAGCAACCUUGUGCUCUAUUUGUCCAAAUUCAUGCAUUUUUCACCAUCCAGCUCUUCCAACAUUGUUAGUAAUUUCAUGGGCACCGCGUUCCUCCUUGCUCUCCUUGGUGGCUUCUUAGCUGAUGCUUUCUUCACCACAUAUUGCAUCUAUCUGAUAAGUGCUACAAUUGAACUUAUGGGGCUUCUAAUACUUACAGUGCAAGCCCACACACGUUCCCUGGAACCAGAAAUCUGUUCAUCAACCAACAGGAAUGCUAAAUGCCAGGAAGCUGAAGGUGGCAAAGAAGCAGUUUUGUUCAUAGGCCUCUAUCUGGUAGCAUUGGGUGUCGGAGGAAUAAAAGGUUCCCUUCCCCCUCAUGGAGCUGAGCAAUUUGAUGAAGACACCAUUCAUGGAAGAAAGCAAAGAUCAUCAUUUUUCAAUUACUAUGUAUUUUGCCUUGCUUGUGGUGCACUCGUAGCAGUGACGUUUGCUGUGUGGAUUGAGGACAACAUUGGAUGGCAGUGGGGUUUUGGUAUCUCCAGCUUGGCAAUUCUGAUCUCCAUCCCCAUGUUCUUACUUGGUUCCACGGUCUACAGGAUCAAACUCCCAACAGGAAGUCCUAUUACAACCAUAUGUAAGGUACUUGUUGCAGCAAUUCUUAAUAGUUGCUUUUCCAGGAACGCCACAAAUGCUGUAGUUAGCACGCACCCAUCCCCCACAUCGAAUUUAAGGGAAAACAAGGAAGAAGAUGGUAAAGCGAAAGAGGAAGUAACGGUUGGGAACAUAACAGAAGAUCUCAGAUUCCUUAAUAAGGCACUUAUCAAAAGGUCUACUUUCCCAACCUUUGAGGUCACCAUUAAACAGGUAGAAGAGGUUAAAAUCGUCCUUAAGAUUUUCCCUGUGUUCAUAUCAACCAUAAUGCUCAACUGCUGCCUUGCUCAACUCUCUACCUUUUCUGUCCAACAAUCAGCUACAAUGAACACUACGAUUGGCUCUUUACGUGUCCCACCAGCUUCUCUUCCUGUAUUUCCUGUCCUCUUCAUUAUGGUACUAGCACCAAUGUAUAACCAUGUUAUCAUCCCGUUUGCAAGGAGGAUAACUAAAACGGAAAUGGGCAUAACUCAUUUACAACGAAUAGGGAUUGGGUUAUUUCUUUCCAUCAUGGCCAUGGCAGUUGCAGCUCUAGUGGAAAAGAAACGGAAAAGAGUGGCAUAUCAGGAUGCUCUAAUGAACUCCAAAGAACCUCUGCCAAUCACUUUCCUUUGGGUUUCUUUGCAAUACUUGUUCCUUGGAUCAGCUGAUCUUUUCAGCUUGGCUGGAAUGAUGGACUUCUUCUUUACAGAGGCCCCAUUUAGCAUGAGAUCUUUGGCAACAUCUCUCUCUUGGGCCUCAUUAGCCAUGGGUUACUAUCUUAGUUCAGUACUCGUUUCUAUAGUGAACCAUGUUACAGGCACCUUCAGUCACAAGCCAUGGCUCAUCGGCAGCAAUUUAAAUCAUUAUCAUCUGGAACGAUUUUAUUGGUUAAUGUGCGUAUUAAGUGGCCUGAACUUCCUUGUAUAUCUCCUGUGGGCCAAAAGCUAUAAGUAUGGAUCAAAAUGCACCAACGGUUCAAAUGAGAUCCAAAUGCUGUGCAAGUCAUCAGGAGUCUGAUAUUCUAAACCAUAGCAUCUAUUCUAUAGGCAGUUACCUAUAUGUCUGUGAGUUUAUGAGACUUACUAAUCACUAUUCAGCCAUAUAUGGCCAUGUAUGUUCCUUUGUACUCUU